AUGGGCAGUACGCUGACAUUACAAUCGAAUAGCAAUGUGAUAACAGGAAUUAACCGUUAUGGCACAUUGUUUCUUUUUAUUUUCGGUAUUGUUGGUAAUUUGUUAAGUGUAUAUGUCUUUAGUCGGACACACCUUCGUCGAAGUGCCUGCGUUUUAUGUCUAUUACUAUCGAGUUGUUUCAAUCUAUUGAUUCUUGUUUUUGGUACACUUCUACGAUGUCUAAUUGGUUACAAUAUCGAUCUAACGUACAAUUCGCCAGUAUUCUGCGUAAUACGUUAUUAUGUCAUAUACGUAUCACAAUCAGCAUCCCUUUGGCUCAUUGUAUUAGCUUGUUUCGAUCGGUAUCUUUCGUCCUCAUUGAACAUCAUACGACGUCGAUGGAUGAAUAUCAAACGAACUUAUUCGAUCACGUUCUGUAUAUUAAUAUUAAGUUUACUAGCAUACAUCGAAGUAUUCUUCUGUUUUGCAGCAUCGGUCCAAACCAAAGGAGAAUGCCUGAUCAAGGAUAAAUCAUGUUCUUUUGUUGAAACGAUUAGUUAUCUAGUUUUAAACAGCUUUUUACCCUCAAUUCUAAUGCUAGGCUUUGGUAUAGCUAUGCUUAUGAACAUCAAACGAAGUCAUCAACGUACACUCAAUGGACUAAUGAAUAAAAUCGAUCGUCGUGAUAAACAACUCAUAUAUAUGUUACUGCUUCAAGUAGCAUCUAUUGUACUUUGCACGUUUCCGUUGAGUAUUGUGAAAGUGUACUUAUCAUUAACGGGUUCGACAACGAAAUCAGCAGAUCGAAUCUACAGAGAACAGUUUGCUUAUCAAAUUUCUGUUGUUAUUUCAUAUAUUAACCCAAGCGGAAUGUUUUUCCUUCAUACACUACAUGGCAAACUGUUUCGUGUGGAACUCUUCCGAUUAUUCCACUGUUUACGGCAACAUCAUGAACGGAAUCGAUGGAAACAUCAAGCAUUACAUAUGAUUCGUGACCGUCGUAUUCAUCCUGUAAAUCGUUUUUAA